ACCCCUUUAAAAUACAUACACACACAAACACACACAUACACACACUGACCAGCCGUCUCUUUUCUGAACACACAGUCUCCAAAACCCACUGUUCACUCUCUCACACACACAUACAGCACAUGCCUGGAGUUCACGUUGAAAUCUACUUUGGAGACAGAGCUGGCAAUCACUUGUUCUGUGGUACUGCAGCAGGACAGAGGAUUGGCGUCUGUAGAGUCUGGAAAAAAUGGGUUCUCUGUAUAUUUAGAAGGACUGGCAUCUCCUAAAUGUGUUUAUUUAGAGAUGAUCACACAUUUAAUCCGUAAAAGAACAUUUGGCAGCCUGUACCUGCUUUGUCAUAAAGAUGAAGAUCAAUGUUCUACUGCAUCUGACUCUAUUGCUGGUGAGGACAUCGAGCAUUGAAGACUCACCUGUGGACAAAUUAACAGAUGUUUCUGGUGGCAGAAGUCAGCAUUUAAACUCUGUUCAGCAUGGAGAAUGUAGCUACACCUUCAUUCUGCCAGAACCUGAGGAGAGCAGGACUGGUAGCUGGCCAGAAGAACAGAAUGGUAAUUGUGGAGGUAACAGUGUCCAGAAAGAAUCUCCACAGGGAAAGCAAAGCCGCUUAAACCAGCAGAUCCAACACCUGGAGCUUGCCAUGGAAAAUUACACCCACUGGCUUCAAAAGAUUGAGGUCUUUGUAAAGGACAAUCUGACAGAAGACACAACACACCUGCAAAAUAGUGCUGCACAUAGUGAAAUGACAGCCAUGCUGGAUCUUGGCACCAAACUGCUUUCCCAGUCCACCCAACACAUCAGGAGACUAACAGACAUGGAGACACAGGUUUUCAACAAGACUUCCAGACUGGAGAUUCAGUCGCUGGAAAAUUCCUUGUCCUUCAACAAACUUGAGAACAAACUGCUCCGGCAAACCAGUGAGAUCAACCAACUUCAGGAGAAAACAGACACCCUAGAGCAGCGUAUGCAUAACAUGGAGGCACGUAAUCGUGCAGAACUGGGUUGGAUGAAGAGUGAGCAGACAGAGCUACAGAGACUCCUGGCAUCCCAGAGCUCUUCAAUACAGAGCCUUGAGCUCAAUCUAGAGCAAGUCAUCACCAACAACAGCGCCCUCUACCGUGAGCAACUACAACUGCAUAGUACCAUCAAUGAUCUGCUUAAACUGUACUCAAAGAACAAAGCAGUGAGUCCCAAUGUUUUCAAACAAAUGGAUGAGCAGAAAAAAUACAGAGACUGUGCCGAACUCUUCCGGGCUGGAUUUAACAGGAGUGGAAUUUACACCAUCUACAUUAGCAUGCAAGACAUGCAUAAGGUUUAUUGUAACAUGGAAAGUGCUGGUGGGGGCUGGACCGUCAUACAGUUGAGGAAAGAUGGAACAUUGGACUUCCACAGAACCUGGAAGGAGUAUAAGAUGGGCUUUGGGAGUCUGACUGGAGAACACUGGUUGGGAAAUGAGCUGGUGUACAAGUUGACCAAUCAGAGGCAGUACACUCUUAGACUGGAGCUGACAGACUGGGAUGGCAAAUUUGCCUUCUCCCAGUAUGACAAGUUUUACCUUGGCAGUGAGAAACAAAACUACAGACUGUUUCUGAAGAGCUACAGUGGUACAGCUGGCAGACAGAGCAGUUUGGUGAUAAAUGGGGCUGACUUUAGCACAAAAGACAUGGAUAAUGACAACUGCAUCUGCAAGUGUGCACUCAUGCUCACAGGUGGCUGGUGGUUUGAUGCCUGUGGCCCAUCAAACCUCAAUGGAAAGUAUUACACCUCUGGGCAAAAUUUAGGCAAACUUGAUGGCAUCAAGUGGCACUACUUCAAAGGCCCCAACUACUCUUUACGUGCCACCACCAUGAUGAUCCACCCAUUAGACUUUUGAGAAACCAAUCAUCAACAUAUAAAACAACAUAUGCUGGUUAGGUAUGUUUUAAAGCAUGGCUGCUGGUUUGAGCUGGUUUAAGCUGGUCCUAAGCUGGUCCUAAGCAACUAGAUCCUGCUCAGGACCAUUUUAGGACUAGCACAUUACCAGCUUAAACCAGCACAUGACCAGCUUAAACCAGCUUAUGCUGUUUUUUUUCAACUGGGCUCAUGGACGACUGAUGCACAAACAUAAACCAACAUAAAUAGUCAAGACCUGGUCCUCUCUCAUCCUUCACUGAUGCCAAUCCUCCUUGUAUCCUUCCGGAGCUCCUCUGUGGGACUUGAGACGUGGUGCAGGUGUUGCUUAUUGUCAUUUACUCUAUCGGCCUGGCGUGAGAAAUUAAAUGUCAAACUGCCAUAACUCUUAUAUGUUUCUUGCCUUUGUCUCAUGUUGCACAUUGUGUUUUUUAAAUAGUCUGUUGUGUUGAUGGAACUCUGUAUUAACAGCUUGACUUACAGGUGUCAUCAGCUUUUAUGGAAAUUCAUAAACAGGUUUCUAAAUUAUAUCAGGUUACACUUCAUUUUGAUAGUCCACUUUGGACAUUCUACUGAUUAUAAGUAACUUUGCAAGUACAUGGCAGCUUAUUCUACUAACACUAAACCUAACCAUAACAGUAGUCUACUUUGUGCUUUAAUGUGAGUUAGUUGACAUGUAGUUGCUUAUAGUUACUUAUAGUUAGUAGACUGUCUAAAAUAAAGUGUAACUGAUCAUUUUUAUUUGGCCAUAGUCAGAAGUGAAACUUAAGCACAAGUACUAUAAAAAAGUAUGUAAAAUAUGCAUGAUUAUGCAUGUUAUUUUUUGUCUUUGUGGUAAAUAUUUCUAAAAUAAUUUCUGAGCUUGGACUGUGUUGCCUUGAUGGCAGUUGUGCCAUAAACUACAAUUUGCAAUUUUUUUAUGUUUAAAAAAGUACAUUUUGCAUUCUGUGUGUGGAUAUAUGGAAAGAACAUGAUUCAUGACUGUAACCAUUUGUUGCAGUAUGUUGCUAAAUGCAGUUUGCUGCAUAUUACAUCUUACAAUAUAAAAACAGUUGGUAACAGAUGUGAAAGAUCUGAUGUAUCAUCUGUAUACUCCAGUAAAUGACAAGGUGUGUAGAAACAUUACAAGUGUUAUUUGAAUAAAAUGUUGACAAACA